AUGGCACUUCGCAACACUUCACUUCCUCGUACGAUAUCAGGCGAAUUGCCCAGUCUUAAAGAACAAGAGUCAAAGGAGCAGCUUGCCGAGUUGGCUGCUCAAUCUGGGGACACUCUUCACGCUCCUCGGCAAUCGUAUCGGGAGCAACUCUCCUCAGCAUCGCACCGGUCCGUGUCCCCGAACACGACGGGAAGCACCAACCAGGAAACCGCAGAGCCAGAGCCUUCCUCCUAUCUGCAAGUCAAGCCCGCAGCUGAUAGCGCUGGGCAGGCAUCUACUCCCGAAGUGCCGCCUAUGAACCCCAACCGCAACUCCUUCGCGGAGUCCAUUCCGGAAGAUACGGCCACCCCAACGGCUCCACCGCCCAGGUCAGCAUCCCGUGCGAGCUCGCGCACACCGAAGCCCCGAAACCCGAGCUACCGGGCGCCGACAAGAAAGCCCGUCCCGCGGAGCGACAGCACCUCGGAACUCGACACUGCCACCAUGGUCCCCCCUUCUGCUAGCUCAAUGCGCUCUGUCAAGCCUACUUGGCAGGAACCCGAUGAGGCGGAAGACGAUUCCUACGAGCGAGAGGAUGGAGACCGGGAUGACGGCCAGUACUACGAGAGGACCACGCCACGCCAGACCCGACCCCGUCGAAAUCGCCCCGUCUCCUACCCGCCGCGCACGAACUAUAACCGGUACUCAUACCACGAUGACCGAGACGCGUCUCCUAUCCGUCCACAGCUCACGCCGCAGCAGCAGCCCUUCACCAGAGCUCCGCGCAUACCAGAUGAGGAGAUGGCCGUAAGACAGCCGCAGUUUGAGAUGCGCGGCGCCUACCAUGGCGAGAGCGCAUUCGACCAGCAAGGCUUCGACGCGGCCCCGGAAUUCGGAUGGAAAGACCUCAAUGUAGAACAGAAGGCCGAGGUGUUGCGACUGCCGCUGACCGCGUGGAUGAAUUCGGACCUGAAGCACCACUUUGUCGCGAGCCUGGGCGAGCUAAUCGGAACCACCAUGUUCCUGCUGUUUGCGUUUGCCGGAACCGAGGUGGCCAACAUCCGCUCGCAGACCCCGGCCCAGUCCACGACGGGCGAAGCGGUCGGCUUUGACGUCAACGUGCAGUUAUACAUCUCGCUCGCAUUCGGCUUUUCCCUCCUGGUUAAUGCCUGGGUCUUUUUCCGUAUCAGCGGUGGCCUGUUUAACCCGGCCGUUACCCUGGGCAUGUACCUGGUCAAGGCCAUUCCGCUCACCCGCGCGUGGUUCCUGUUCGUUUCUCAGAUCCUCGGUUCGCUUCUUGCUUCGGUUAUCGUGCGCUAUCUAUUCCCUCAGAACUUCAAUGUGCGCACGACUCUCGGGCAGGGGACGACCGUUGCGGAGGGCGUGUUCAUCGAGGCCGUCUGUACGGCCCAGCUGGUCUUUACCAUUUUCAUGUUGGCUAAGGAAAAGCACCGCGCUACGUUCAUUGCGCCUAUUGGUAUUGGCUUGUCGCUCUUUAUCUCCGAGAUGGUUGCCGUACAGUUCACUGGGGGCUCGCUCAAUCCGGCGCGCAGCUUUGGUCCUUGCGUGGUUACGCUAGCGUUCGAUAAGGAACACUGGAUCUACUGGCUGGGUCCUGUGAUCGGCGCCGUAGCAGCCGUGGUAUUCUACCGCUUCAUCAAGACUCUGGAAUACGAGAUGGCAAACCCCGGUCAAGACGACGACAUCGACGUAGAGGAACUGGCCCAGAAGGACCCGGAGAAGCUCGAGCAGCUCCGGGCCGGCCCCAACCGCAGCCUGUCGUUCCAGCCGCGCCCUGGCCCAGGGACGCCCAGCGUGCGUACCAAUACCCGCACCAUGUCCAUCCGCCAGGGCUCGGAGAUGGGACUGAGCAACCACCGGCUGUCGUUCCCGCAGCCGAGUGAUGUUCGGGCUGGCAGUACGGCUUCUUUCCAUUAA